CAGACACGCAUUUAAAUUUCCGAAAAAACGUUUUGAAAAUCGUAAAAACUCAAUGUAAAAUAAAAACUUUUUAUCCUAGUUUGAAAAGAGAUUUCAAAGAGGGAUGGGUAUAGGUUUGGCGGUGCCUUCAUUUUUUGAAAUUCAAAAAUCAACUACCAUGAAAGAAUACAGAAAUUUUCCUCGCGGUUUUUCACGUUCCAUAGGAUGUAAGAAACCACACAAGAACAAAAUUAACAGUCCUGUGUAACUCUUCUUCAACUACGUGAAUCUACGAACGAUCUACGGUUAUACCUUCCCCGUAAUCCAGUAAAGUAUUAUAUUUCAGUGGGAGGGGUUUAUGUCAUUUGAAUUUUUUGGUUUUCUAUUCCAACAUUGUUCCUAGGCUAUGAACUAAUGAUUUAAACCUCCAAGUGAUAAAAGUUAACUUGGGAAAUAACGAAAACCCUAUUGGAUAGUCGUUUGUUUGUGAAAAUUUUAAAGCCUGAAGAAAAAAACAUUUGGAAAUAAAGAGGGACGAAGUUUCUGGAACAUUGGUCGUUCUCUUUUCGGUUUCUGAAGACUAAUAUGAAUACUUAUACUCUAGUUUGUUCAUACCUCUGACUGCCACUGACUACUGAUAGUCAAUUAUGAGUCAAUCAGUGGGAGUGGGAGGAGUGCACUUGAUAGCAAUCAUGAUAGAAUCCGAUUGCACAGCAUACCGCACAAACCGUUGAGUGUCCUUUUCAUCGUCCACUCUGAAUAACGUUACUGAAGCCCACUCCGCCCCCAUCGUGACAGUGAUGGCGACAAAUCCAAAAAGUAGCAGCAUGCUAGGGAGACGAGCUCUAGCUGUAUCACAGAAAAAUUUGUACGGUUACUCAAAAAGAACUAAACACCGAGAUGAGAGAUCAAGAGAGCAGCUCGAAGUUUCUCUAUUACCCAUUAGUUUUAAAACUGCUAAAGUAAUUGGAAAAGGCUCAACUGGUACAGUACUUGAAGUAGCUGUAGGGAACAGAAAAUCCUAUGCCUUGAAAAUUAUCAGGAAUGAUGAUGUACAGAGCUUUGAAGAGAUUCUAAUACAUAAGCAACUUUCUCAUCCCAACAUCAUUCAAUACCACAGCCAUUGGAAAGAACAGUGGGCAAACACUUUCACAGUCUUAGGAAAGUUUGGUCGUACAUUUUGGAAGAUACUGUUUCAGCAACUGAUAAAAAGUUUAAAAGUGAAAAUAGAAAAUUGUGGACUCAUCUUCAUUAGAAUGGAAUGUUGCAAACAAACUGUCGCAGAUGCAAUUUCGAAAGGGUUAUAUAAGAAUCAGACCGGGCUACGUCUAACUUUUCUUGGAAUACUUGACGGUGUUGCUUAUCUACACCAGCAAGGCAUCAUCCAUGGAGAUAUAAAAACUGAGAAUAUUGGCGUCAACAGUGAAGGGCAGGAUCCAAAGCUGAUGGACUUUGGAAAUUCCAUGCUGUACAGUCCGAAUUCAUGUUAUGAACACCAGAGCGACAUCUACUGUACUGGUAUCGUCUUCUUUGAGAUGUUCUUUGGGCCCUUAACUAGUGAUGAGAGGCAAAAUCUGAUUUGUGACUUCAUCCGCAAUGAUAAUCUACCACCUAUACAAAAUAGGCAUGGUUCACAGCAUUUCAGGCCUCUUUUGAAGGCCAUGUUAGAUCAAAGUGAAGAUGAAAACCCCACUGCAGAAGAGCUACGGAAUUUCGAGUUCAUCCAACCCACUGCGGAAAAGCUACAGAAUUCUGAGUACUUCCAACCCACUUCAGGUGUUGGGGCAUCAAAACACUGCUCUGCAAAGAUAGAUUUACCUAAUAUUUUCAAUCUUUGCUCGUCGUUUCUGUGCGCUCUUCAGGCGGGAAACAUACUUGGUAUUGUUUGUAGUGUGUUGUGUGUAGUUAUCAUAAUCUUAUUGUUAGUGCUUGACGCAAGUUACUUGUCGUCAAAGGAAAGCUAUCGUCUAUGCCGUUCAUCAAUUUUUUGCGAAAACAGGUGGACGUGUAGAAAAAAAGAUAAGUUUCUCAGCGUAUCGAAACAUGCUUUAUCGCGACUUGCGCGUUAUUAGAUGACCUAAUAAUUUUAACAAAAAAUAAAUUUAGUGAAAUUUUUAUCCUAAUCAUCAAACUAUGAAUUCUACUUACUCUCGUCGCUGGACUGAGACCUCUGUACACAAAGUUUAAAAAUGAACGAACCAAUCAGCUGGUUCUCAAGCACAAGAUCCUGUUCAACUUUAAUUUGGCCUGAUCGAACGGCUACUAGAAGCUCAAGAUACUCAACAACAUUAGCAGGAUUAGCUUUUACAAGUUCUACUCCAACAACAUCAGACACAACAACAAGCUUUGCAAGCACAACAAUAAACGCAGCUGAUAAACAGGACGAUGAUCGAGAAAAUUAUCAACGGUAUAGUUCAAGACCUGAGCGGGAAUUGUGUGAUCUAAAGAAUUAACUGUGAAAUAGAAAGAUAACAACGUGAGCCAAGUGUGCCGUCGUUUUACAACAAUAUUAAAGAAAGUUUCCAAAGCUGCUUUAUUCUACCGUUUCUGUCGCAAUCAGAAUGAAUACAUCUUAAAUUUAAAUUUACAAAAUUGGACCAAAAAUUGUUAACCCUUUAAUGUAAAAAUUAAAAAUAGCCUGAUAAAAACUAAUUUUUCAAAGAA